AUGAACAACAGCGAGGUCAGCCUCGUUGCGUCAGAGGCAAGCCAUGAGAGCGCCCCAGGCUUGAAUCAGCCAGUCAAUGGUGUGGGGGUUAGUAUUGGCAUACCUUCUUCAGCCACCCAGCAAAGCUCUGCUCCCACUAAUUUAUCUGGGUUGGUUUGCAAUGUGCAUAGAACCACUGGUGAAGAACCCCAUGCAUUGGUGGGAGCAACCACGACGAUCCUGGGCGACAAAUUAUACGUCUUUGGCGGGCGCAUUCACUCGAGGACGAAACCGCAGUUGACUUCGGAUCUGUAUGAACUGGACCUCAUCCGCCGACAUUGGACCCGGCUUGAAGCACUCGGGGAUUUACCACCACCUCGAUACUUCCACAGUGUCUGCGCUCUUGGAGAUUCGAAAUUGGUGUGCUAUGGCGGCAUGUCCCCCGCUACACACGCCAGGAACGGUGUCAACGGCCAAGUUGCCAAGUCAGCUGCUGAGGGACAGCCUGAGGUCGUCGUCAUGUCCGACAUACAUGUCUUCGAUGUGCCGACAAAGAAAUGGACGCUGAUAUCCACGUCUGAGAAUCCUCAGGGGAGAUACGCCCACUGUGCAGCCAUACUUCCAUCCUCGGCCGCAUUCACCUCGGCUAACGCGCCGCUCUCGGCCAUCCAGCACAAUCCCCCAUCGGCAGAUCCUCAUUCGGGUACAUUAGGCGUACAGCUAGAUGGAACUGGAGGUGCGGAAAUGGUUGUGGUGGGUGGUCAGGAUAGCAACAACAACUACAUUGAACAAAUCAGUGUCUUCAACCUCCGAAGUCUGAAAUGGACCAACACAACUGCGUGGGAUCGCAAGUGCGGCGCAUACAAAAGCAUGGUAUCGCCUAUGACAGGCCUGUCGGCCGACUUGAUUGGACGCGGUAUCCCGUUGAACGAUCCACAAGUGCAGAGAGCAACUUCACGAGCUGGGACUUCUAUGCUGAUAUAUUCCAACUACAACUUCUUGGAUGUCAAGCUGGAGCUGCAGAUCAGGUUACCUGACGGUUCGAUGGUCGAGAAGCCUAUGACAGGCUCAGUGUCCCCGCCUGGGCUGCGAUUCCCGAAUGGAGGCAUCAUUGACGGCCAUUUCGUGGUGAGUGGGACUUAUUUGACAUCUUCCAAACACGAGUAUGCUUUAUGGGCGCUUGAUCUAAAGACCUUGACAUGGGCGCGCAUUGACACCCAUGGGUCUAUCUUCUCCCAAGGCAGCUGGAACCGGGGCAUUUUGUGGAACCGAAGGAAUACAUUUGUUAUCCUUGGCCAUCGGAAGCGGAGUCUGGUUGAUGACUACAACCAUAGGAGGAUCAAUUUCAGCCACGUCUGCAUGGUCGAGUUGGAAGCAUUCGGACUUUAUGACAAUCCGAGGCGAGAGGCUGCUAGUUCAGGCUAUGUGUCAGUCUCUGCUCCAGCUGUUCCACCGUCCAUGCAAACAGGUGGUGUGAGUGUGACUGCUGGAGGCCGACCACUCAAUCAUACUGCUGAGCAGCUGGGUCAGGCAGCGCUGGCGCUGGCGGAACUAUCUGACAUGGAUAUUGUGGCGCUGGGCGGCGAGAAGAUUCCGUGCAAUUCGUACCUUCUUUCCAGGCGGUGGGGGCCGUUUUUCAAUCAACUUCUGGUCGAGUCGGCAAUGGAUCACGACGCCGCGACCAGUCUGUCGGACGGAACAACACUACGGCCCAGCAUACGGACGCAACAUAGUCGCAAUUCUGCUCUAACGAUAACUCCAGCUGUGGCGAACGGGCUGUCCACUUCAACGUCCACAGGUGACGGAAUCCUCGACCCGCAGCGUUCAUUAAGUCGCUCCGCAACCAGAACACUCGCGGAGGAGCCCAAUACGACGAACCUACCUCCUUCGGGUCGACCAAGGUCCUUAUACUUACCUCAUAUGGCACCGACGAUCCACUUGCUGCUACAUUUUUUGUACACAUCUUCCUUACCCCAGGCCGGUUCACCGAUGUGUACGCCGCAUACGCUGUGCUCACUGUUGCAAAUGGCGAGGCCUUACCAGAUUGAUGGACUUCUGGAAGCAACAGUUGAGCGGUUGCACGAGGUCCUGGAUGGGCGCAACUCAGCAGCGGUUUUCAAUGCAGCGGCCAUGGCAGCAGGGGGUGGUCGAGGCCUUCAAGGCACCGCAGUGGGUGCGUUGGCCCGGAUGGGUCGGCGGGAAAGUGAGGCAACAACCAUAGCGGAGUCGCUGUCCAACAAGGUUGCCGGACUCAAACUUGCCACCAAUUACGAAGAAGCUGGCAGGAAGAAAGGCCAUGCCAAGACAAGUUCAAUGGACUCGGCGUCGACGGCGACUUCUGCCUCGACGUCUACUGACAUGUCGCAUACGGACACGGAGAACUCGGCGUCUAAUGACAAUGGCGAUCCGAGCGGGAAAGGGGAAAGAGAUUCGCGAGAAAUCUGGACGGGCGAUCUCAGCUCGGUGAUUGGGCUACAGAAACGCGGAUUGAGAGGGUUGAUGGAAGGACGACGGUUGAGAGAGAAGGCGAAUACGGGCGGUGAAUAG